AUGACGAAACGAUUAGGGCAAUCGUUUUAUAAUGUAAGUUCAAAGGAAUUGGCAAUAAGUCUACUUGGUAAAAUAUUAGUUCGGCAACUAGAUACUGGUGAAACCUUAAAAGGUAGAAUAGUGGAAAUUGAAUCUUACCCUAGUUCUCAAGACAUCUUCUCAAACCAAAAAGAAAACAAUGAACCCAUCAAGCCUGGGACAUCAUUGGUCUGCGUGUCUUAUGGACUGUUUUGGUUGAACAUAUCAAGUAAUGAUCCAAAUGGUGUUGUAGUAAUAAGAGCUAUUGAACCCAUUGUUGGAGUUAAGGGAAUGAUGACACGCAGAAAUAGAAAGUAA